AUGUACAAAACUAGACUUUUCAUAUUGACAAGAGCACUAGAGAGGCCAUCUUUGCUCCGUCAUAACCCACUUUUUAGGCCUACGAGACAGGCAUACUCGUCGCUUCGUAGACCUCGUCAGCCAGGUCCGCGCAGUCGAGUUUUGAAUCAUGUAGAGCCUAUUCGUAACAAGCCAAUUCGACAUACCGUAGAGGAAGUUGCUCCCAAGAUUGCGACAGAAGAGGCCUUGUUAUACGAGAAACCGGCACCCUCUCAAGACGCACACGCUACCAUCGAUACGCUUGUAGAAGUGCCCAUCGACAAGGAACACCAGGUUGUCAAGCCUGAUUCUCGAGGAGCAGCUUUAUUAACACAAUCUGCAUUGGUUGUUGGCAGAGAACUGGAAAUGAUGAAUGUGUUUUUGGGCUACGAACAAGCCAAUCGAUACAAGAUCAUGGAUCCUCAAGGCAAUCAUAUUGGUUAUAUUGCUGAAGAGGAAGGAUUUGGCAAAUCUAUCAGCAGACAACUCUUGCGAACACACCGCAAGAUGAACGCUACCAUCUUAAAUACUCAGGGUGAAGUCGCUUUCAAGAUUGUUCGUCCUUACUCUUUGUUCAAUAGUCGCAUCUUUAUUUACACAGCUGAUGAUGAGCUUGUUGGCGAAGUGCAACAACGAUGGAACCUAGUGCGCAGAAAAUAUGAUUUGUUUGUGGGAACAAACCAGUUUGCCUCGAUUGACACACCUUUCUUGGGCUGGGAUUUCAACCUGCAAGAUGAACAUGGCGGUACUCUGGGUAAUGUCAGUCGUAACUUUGUAGGCUUUGCAAGAGAGAUCUUUACAGACACUGGCGAGUAUGUGCUUCGUAUGGACGCUGUAGACGGUAAUUCUCGAGGCAUGACAUUAGAUGAACGAGCAGUGACAUUGGCUUGCGCUGUUUCUAUCGAUUUUGAUUACUUUUCAAGACAUUCGAGCCAUGGUGGUGGCGGGUUCAUGCCUUUCCCAAUGUUUGGCAUGGGCGAAGGCGGAGCAAAUCAAGAAGAGGAUGCAGGUGCUGCAGCUGGUGGAGCAGCGGGCGUAGGCACAGGAGCAGCCAUGGGGGGAGGUGUUGGUGGGAGUGGCAGUGCUGGAGGAGAGCCCAUGCCUCCACCUCCACUUUCGGAACCCAACACCAACGAAUGGGGAGAUCCAUGGUUAACCGAUGAACAAGCUGGUGUCAGUAACCCAGACGACCAAGGUAGUUUCUUUGACACCUUGAGCGACUUUUUCGGUGAUAGCGACCCAUAA